UAAACCCCAAAACAAAAUCCCCAUAUAAAAUUCAGAAAAUAGUUCUUGUGAAAGCGAAGGAAGGAGUUCGCAAUUCACAACAUGAGUUCUUCCAACAUUAGAGAUCUUCAACGCGAAUUGGAGAACAAAGCAAACGAUCUCAGCAAACUUCAAAAGGAUAUUGCCAAGAAUCACCAAGUCAGAAAGAAGUACACUAUCCAGCUUGGUGAAAAUGAACUCGUCCUUAAGGAGCUGGAUUUAUUGAAAGAAGAUGCAAAUGUUUACAAGUUGAUUGGACCGGUUCUUGUUAAGCAAGAUUUGGCUGAGGCCAAUGCUAAUGUCCGAAAAAGAAUCGAAUACAUCUCUGCUGAACUGAAGCGUCUUGAUUCCACUGUUCAAGAUUUGGAAGAGAAGCAGAAUAGCAGGAAAGAAACGAUAAUGAAAUUGCAGCAAAAGAUGCAGACUCUUCAGGCUGGUAAAGGAAAGGCAUAGUUUAUUUUUUUGAAGCAAAAGGGACGGCAUAGUUAUGUCUCCGACUGUUAUGAUCAUUGUAAGUCUGUAACAUUACCGUGCAUAGGUAGUGCAUUAGAAUUGUGCUUGUUUUUAUUUUCCAAUGUAGCUUUUGAUGCCAAAGCAAGAAAGAAUAGCAGCCACUCUUACAUGCUAGUUUUGCUCAAACAAGCACACUUUUAGAUUGGUAUGAUGAUGUUUACCAUUUUGUCUC